UCAACAGUACAACAAAAUGAAUACACUUCGUAAGAACAUAGUUCAAAUAAUCUAUACAAAAAUUUCAUACUAUAACAAUAUAGUUCUUUAAUGGCAUGGUUAAAAAUCCUACUAUUUUUCCUCUUCAUCAACCUUACUUAUUCCCAAACAGACACAAUUUUCCAAGGCCAACACCUUAGUGUUGGAGAAAAAUUGGAGUCACCAAACAAAGAAUUCAGGCUUGAGUUUUUCAGCCUGGAUGCCAAUAAAACACACUAUAUAGGCAUAUUCUACAAUUUCCCAUCCAACGCGACAUUAUACCCCGAUGAUCAUCGACCCGUGUGGGUUGCUAAUCGCGAUGAUCCGGUACCAUAUGCACCAGGUAACAAUCUCACAUUGGAUGAUGAUGGAAAGCUGAAAAUUUUCUAUGGAAGGAAUAGUUUUGUUUUGUUAAGUACUUAUAAUGCAACCACAAGAAAUGCAAGUGUUACACUAUUUGACAAUGGAAAUUUUGUGUUGGUGGAAUUGAAUACUAAUGUUUCUGUGAAUAGAACAUUGUGGCAAAGCUUUGAUUAUCCUACUGAUACAUUGUUACCUGGGAUGAAACUUGGUAGAAAUGUUAAAACAGGAGAGGUAUGGUCACUGACUUCUUGGAUAAGCGAAGAUGUACCGGCCUCAGGGUCUUUUACGAUUGGUAUAGACACGAAUGACAUUGACCAAUUGGUAAUAUGGUGUCUAGGAAGUGUGUAUUGGACAAGUGGACGAUGGGGAAAUGGGACGUUUGGCAAUGUAUCGCGAGUAUCACACUAUGACUACGCGGAGUUCAGGUUUGUUUCGACAGAGGAUGAGAAGUAUGUGACUUACUCGGUGAAUGAGACUCGAACUCUGUCUAGAUAUGCUAUAGAUUCAUUUGGUUUUAUUAAGGAAAGAGGGGCAGCAGGACCUUUUGGGGUGUGUUUUGACAAGCCUAGUCCUGGUUGUGUGACAACAGAAUCGAUAGGGUCCUCGAAUAGAAACAAUUCGUGGUUCGAGAGGAGGUUAAACGGUGGUUCGGGUAACAGAUUUAGGUUUGGAAACAACAACAUGAGUUUAUUUGAUUGCAAGAGACAGUGUGAGAACAAGUGCUCUUGUGCUGCUUUCGCCUCCAUCACUGCUACUGGAACUGGUCGUCUAAUUUCCAAUAAUGCAUCUAUCUUGAGUUCAUUAAAUCAAUCAGAUGUUUUCAUUCUUGAUGCUGUAAGAGAGGUGUUUCCAACAAGUAAUCAGAGUGCCAACAAUGUACCAACUACAGUGGUGACAAGUAAUCAGAGUGCCAAUAAUGUACCAACUACAGUGGUGCCAAGUAAUCAGAGUGCCAACAAUGUACCAACUAUAGUGGUGCCAAGUAAUCAGAGUGCCAAUAAUGUACCAACUACAGUGGUGACAAGUAAUCAGAGUGCCAACAAUGUACCAAAUACAAACACAUUCUCACUUCCUCCUGCUUUAGCACCAGCGCCAGCUACCAAUUCAACUGCAGGAUCGUCCAAAGGAACUUGUAUGUAUUGUGUAAAUCUAGCUCUUGAAUUAUUGUGUAUGAGUUCAUUUAACAAAGAAUCAUACGUUUUAGCCGCAGUUUUCCGUUUUAGUAUCAUCAUUACACAAUCUAGUCCUCGUUUCAAGUAUAUCAAGAGAAAUGACCCAAUAAGAUGGUGGAGAUGGCUUAUAGCUGCAAUUGGUUUGACACUAUUGUUAGGACUUAGCUCCCUAUGUAGUCUUCUGUAUGAAAAGCAAAAGCAACAGCUUUGCUGUUGCUUAAUCAAGCAACAAAUAGAUCUAAAGAGAAAAAUUGACAAGAAGAUGAGCCAUGAAGUACAGUUAUACAGCCUCGAGAGCCUAGAAAUCGCGACAGACAAUUUUUCACCAGGAAAUAAGCUCGGGGAAGGUGGAUUCGGACCAGUUUACAAGGGAGAAUUACCUGAUGGGCAAGAAGUGGCUAUAAAAAGGCUUUCGACGAGUUCAGGACAGGGCCUACUGGAGUUCAAGAAUGAAAUUUUAUUGAUUGCAAAACUUCAACAUACUAACCUUGUUAGGCUUUUAGGAUACUGUACUCAACGCGAAGAACUGAUUUUAGUAUAUGAAUACAUGCACAACAAAAGCCUAGACUUCUUCCUUUUUGAUGGUAACAAAAAGGAGCUACUAAAUUGGCACACACGAUUCAGAAUCAUCGAAGGGGUUGCUCAAGGUCUACUGUAUCUGCAUAAAUAUUCAAGGUUGAAAGUGAUUCAUAGAGAUUUAAAAUCGGGCAAUAUCUUACUUGACGUUGACAUGAAUCCAAAGAUAUCGGACUUUGGCAUGGCGAGGAUAUUCGGAAAGCAAGAAUCUGAAGCAAACACAAAAAGAAUUGUUGGAACACGUGGCUAUAUGGCUCCGGAGUACGCCUUGAGAGGCAUUGUUUCAGCGAAGGCGGAUGUAUUCAGCUUUGGAGUUUUACUGUUAGAAAUUGUUAGCGGCAAGAAAAACAACAGCUGCUAUGAUUCUGAACAUCCAUUAAACCUCAUAGGACUGGCAUGGGAACUGUGGAGAGAAGAGAGAGCUUUGGAGCUAAUAGACGCAAUGCUAAUUGAAUCAUGCUCGCGUGAUGAAGUAAUGAGAUGCAUUCAUGUUGGGCUCCUUUGUGUGCAAGAUUAUGCAAAAGAUAGGCCUUCAAUGUCAAAUGUUGUUUCAAUGCUUAUGAAUGAUAUGAGACAACCACCACCACCACCAGAACGACCAGGAUUUUUCAUCGAGAGAGGGGAUCAACAUGCAGAGAUCUCCGAAGAAGUAGUAAGAUAUUCAAUAAACGGGCUAUCAAUAUCAGAGUUGACAGCAAGAUAAGUUUUUCCAACACAGUGAAAAUUGAAAAUACAAUAUGUCAAUUGGAAAGUAGCUCAUUUAACAUUCUUUUGAUGAAGUGUAAAAAAUUACCAACUUCAAGUCUUCAUUCAUAUGUACAGCCUUAUUUGUAGGACUGAUUUCGAAUCCUAUUUCCCUGAUAAUAUUAGAUGAUUAUAUCGUGAA